AUGACGGAAAUCAUGUUGCGACUUAGCGUAACCUUACUUUUCCUUGUAGCAGGUGUUGUUUCCAUCCCGGAACAAGGGAAAUGGGUUGUCUCAUUUGACCAGGAUCAUACAAUAUUUGGAGUAAUGAAGAGUAUGUACAAGGGAACUCGUGUUGCAGUGAAAAUCGACUGUAAUGACUUAGAAGGAGAUUUAGAGAUACGCUGGCUGUUGAGGUACUCGCCAUGUUCAGAAGAAUAUAUUGGACUUGAGUCUAAUCAUGAACUACAAAGACGCUACUUAGAAACUCCACAUGUGCAAAUGAUCAAAGAGUUUCAAAAUAAAUAUAGCAUCUAUGAAUUCUUUGCUGGUGAAAACACGACUAGUUGUAAAGAGGGUGUAAUUUUACUACCAGAUUUAACAAAUAGCAAGCCAACAAUAGUUAAUGAUGGACCAAAAGUUUUAGCCACAAAUAAAUCUGCACAGAAAGAUCCUACUGGAAGCUCUGAUGACUCUGAACAGUCAGAUAAAGCACCUGUCCCACAGCAGGACUCUAAUCCUGCAUCUAAGAAAGCUGAUGCAACAAAAAAUCCACAAAAUAAAGCUAACCCUCCACCCUCAACCACAGCACCAACCACAUCAAAGGCUUCGUCUACAAACAAGGGCUCAGCUAGGAAGAGAAGGGAAGCCGCCAAGGCCUCUGAUGAUGAUAAGAAGGUUAGCAAGAAAGGGGUGUCAACGCUGAAAGCAGGAGAUAAGGUUGACCGACAUUAUUACCUGACAGCAUGGAAGGAUGGUGUGUAUGCUUACAUCCUCUCUAUUCAAAGAAAAGAAUCAUUCCCUUUGGACACCGAAAGUAAAACCUCACCUGAACCACAGAAGUCCUUCCAAGUUGAUGUGACUAUUGAAAUGAUUGGUGAUCAUGAAUACAUUUCUGCACAAGAUUGGCCGCUGUUGAUUUUCUAUGGUGUAAUGGGUCUGGUGUACAUUAUAUAUGGCAUUGUUUGGCUAGUGAUGCUAGCCUGUAGCUGGAGAGACCUUCUAAGGGUACAGUUCUGGAUAGGAGCAGUCAUCGCACUUGGUAUGUUGGAGAAGGCAGUGUUCUAUGCGGAGUUUCAGAGCAUUUCCAGCACUGGACAGUCAGUAAGAGGAGCUAUUAUAUUUGCUGAGUUUGUGUCAUGUACGAAGAGGACUUUGGCAAGAAUCUUGGUCAUCAUUGUCAGUCUUGGAUUUGGCAUUGUGAAGCCUAGAUUGGGUCCUACAUUCAGGAAAGUGAUUGGUGUUGGAGCUCUCUACUUCUUUGUCAGCUUGAUUGAGGGCUGCAUGAGACAACUACAGACAAAGGGUGAUAACUCUAAAGACAUCCUUGCAGCACAGGUUCCUCUAGCUGUGAUUGAUGCUUCCAUCUGCUGGUGGAUUUUUGCAAGUUUGAUCCAAACUACAAGAACACUCAGGCUGCGAAGGAACAUAGUCAAAUUGUCUCUUUACAGACAUUUUACAAACUUACUCAUUUUUGCUGUUCUAGCAUCUGUGGUGUAUAUGAUCUGGUCUUUGUCAUCACACAAGUUAAAAAUAUGUAUAACCGACUGGCGAGAGUUGUGGGUGGAUGAAGCUUUCUGGCACUUAUUGUUUUCUGUCAUGCUACUAGUCAUUAUGGUGCUAUGGCGACCGUCCGUCAACAAUCAAAGAUAUGCAUUCUCUCCAUUGUUGGAUGCUGCUGAUGAGGAAGACGAUGAAACCUUGAUGAAUGAUGCCUUUGAUGGCAUGAAGAUGAGGGGUGUGAAAAGUCCCGUAAAUGGAUCACCUAAACAGAGAGAUGGAAGAGCCUCUAUCGAGGAUGAUCUGAAGUGGGUGGAAGAAAACAUUCCAACGUCCAUCACAGACAAGGCUCUGCCAAGUCUACUGGACGACUCCGAAGAAGAAAUGAUGACAGCCAAAUAUGAAGUGAAUAAGAUGCAAUAGCGAGAAUGGUAUAAUGUAAAACAAUGUGUAGUCGUAAUCAUUAUGUGAUAUUGUGAUAUACUUUUCAUGUGAAUUUUAUCCUAAAUUCACUGUAAUUGAAGAGAGCCCUGAGAAUUCUUCACCUGUUCUAACCACAUGUAACUGCUUGAAGUUGUGAACUACUGAAUGCUGAUAAUGGGUCUUGUUGUCUGGAGCUCAGAAUGAGACUUUAAUAUCAUGUAUAUCCAGUUUGGUUGGUAUCAAAUAUUGUGAAGUAGAAUUAAUAUCCAUGGUCCUGUAAUAAGACCACACCCCGACUUUGAGUUGCAGGUAAUGGGUUAGCUCCCUUGUCUCAUUGCAGGAUGAAAAUGAAAACUUUUAUUAAAAUCUAUCUGACGGCUAAAUUCAGACAGAUCUUUUUCUGUUGACAGUGGUAAGAUUGAUUCCUUCCUGCUUGCUGAAGUCAGAUUGACCUCAAAUUUUUUUUUGACAACCUCUGAUGUCAGAUUGACCAAUGUCAGUGGAUUAUGUACGGGUGCCAUAACCGUUUUUCUUAAGUUAGAUUGACUUUUGUCAGUGGCUGAAGUCAGACAGACCACUGCCUGUUAAGGCAGGUUUUAGUGACCGCAAAUUGCUUUUUGAUGAGAACAACAACUUUCUGACCUGAGAUUGACCUUAACUUGAGGUUCAAUAUAAUGCCAGUAUUUCGCAGAAAUCCUUGCAAUUGAGUGCUGAUAAUUAAUAUGGUCUCACUCAAUUAGUAAUCCUUGUUAAUGCGUGACAAAUGACAAAUUAAAAUAACAUGCUUUCUGAAGUGUUGUUUCAGGGCUUAAUCAGUGAGGUGUUAAAGCACAAACAUCUCUAUGGUAACGGAACACUAGUUAUGUUUUGGUUUAUAAUUGUCUUUUUAUAAUGAGCUAAACACUUAUAUUAUCGAGUAGAUUUUUUGUGCUGUUGAAUUUUCUAUGUUUAAUUGAAUUGAAAUGGACUUGUCAGGAUGCUGUUCAUUUCUGUAACUUCAUGCUGUGUGUAUCAAAAUUCAGUUUUAUAUUGCACAAAACAUGACCAUAUUAAGCUGACAUUAUAAAUCUAUACUAGUAGUUGACUUUUACCAAUCUAUAGUUUUCAUGUUUUAUGAAUUUUGAUCAACAGGGUUUAGGUUUAAACAGAUGGUUAAAUGAUCAUGCAUUAAAGUUGGGGUGUUAAUGUUGAUUUUAUGUUCUCCACGUUGAAGCAUCUUCAGUAGUAAAAUAGAUGUUUUGUUUCUAAAUUGAUGCUUGAAUUACCUUGAUUACUAUUUUGUUACAAAUCUUAAGGUCCAUCUUUAGAUUAAUUUUGAUACUGUGCCAUUAGCUUUUGUACAAAAUUCACAUACUUAUGUACAUGGCUACAACACAUUGAAGACUGUAUAAGUAGUUUGUAGGAAUUUACUUUUGACUGCAAAAUAUGAUAUACUUCAAAACAAUUUACACCCGUUUUUAUGAUAAUGAAUGCCUGGCAUUGAAUUAUCACAUAUACAAAGUUAGCUGGGACCAUAACAGCAUACCAGAUAGACAAUAAGACGGAUUGCUGAUAAUGUAAAUGCAAGAUGUCAGUGAUAUCUGCUUCCUGAUGCUAGCCCCCAUGGGAGACUGAAAUGAAGAUUUGGAAAUACUUUCCAGUAUGAUAAAAAUCGUCUUGUUUUGUCUAUUUAAUGGUUGGUAACUAUGGUAAUUAUAAACACCUUUAAAGACAUUCUCCAAACAUUUAAAGAUUUGAUCACUAGCCUCAGGAUGUUUGUUUUUCCAUCGUGUUGUUAAUGUCAGUUUAGGAUCAAUAGUUGUCUUACAACAUUGGAGUUUUCAUGAUUUAUCACAUAUUCAUAUAAAGUUCUGUGUAUUAAAAAAACAAUAUUUUGUUUCCUUUAAGUUUUUAUUUCCAGAGUUGAUUAGUGUAGAGUAAUAUGGUAGUUAUUAAUCUAUUAAUUGUGAAUGUGGUUUAAACAAUGGUACAAAGUUGUAAUUACCUCCAAUUAGCUUCGAAUUAUUUCAUGAAUAUAAGACGGGAAACAUGUUUUUCUCCAUGUUUGAUUGUUUGUAUGUGUGACUUUUCAAUAUUGAAACAAAAUUCCAGGGUUAAUGAGAUUUUGUUGCAAAUACAAAAUCUUUUUAAUUAAGAUUAAAUCAGAUAAAAAAUGUCCUGUUGUCUUUGAGACUUGUAUGCAUAAUGAACGCUUCAGUGUAAAAUAGUUGUUAGCCUGGUUCCAUACAGACCAGAUCAAGACUCAUACCUGGUAUACAUUUAUGAGAGAAUGUAAAUAAUCCAUCGGUCUUUAGAUCCAUUUAUAUGUUAAUAAGAAUUUGUAUCUUGUGAUUUGUAACUGGCAGUUUAACUUGUUUUUUGCAGUCUUAAUAUGUUCUAACAAUGUCAGCAUUUUUUGAUACUUUCAUUCCCAUACUAAAAACCUUCUUUCCCAGAACAAUUGUGCUUAGAAAAUUCUUGAUUUUAAAGUUUAAUUUUGAUGUAUAUCAAAGAGGGUUUUAGUUGUGUGGAUGUAUGAAGGUUUAAGUCACUUACAAAUUUCAGUUAAUUCUGGUAAAUGUUUAUAAUGGAAAUUGAUGAUUGUCAUGUUACAUAUUACUCUGUAGUAUAAUCUUCACUAUUUCUAGAUCAUAAAACGAAAUUAUAAGAUACAUACUUGAACUAUUUUGAAGUUAUGUAUGGUAUUCAAUAUCCCAAGAACAUCUCAAAAACAUGUGACAUUGUAUUCAUUUUAUAGGUCAUGAUGUGAAGGACAUUUGUUAGUGUAAAGACACUAGUUUGUUGGUAAGGUACCAUACAUGGUUCUCUUUAGAAUAUGACUUAAUUUAGACAGGAUAAGGCUUUUGUGUUGUGUCAUGCUUUCCAGCUAGACACAAACAUAGAUAGAAAUCUAAUGUUACAAUGUCUACCCUUAUUUUUGUAGGUGAAUUUUUUGUUGAGAACAAUCAUUAAAGCAUUGUUAUUGACAAUAUUUUAUCAUAUCAGUCACUGACCUGCUGUUUCAAGACUUGAUGUUAUAUAUAAGUGUAGGACUUCUAAAGGAACGUACUAUCAAUUAUGUCUAAACUUUCAUUACAGAUAUUCAGUUUAUCCAUUAUGUUUUAGAAUGUUGGGGAUCUCUGUGUCUGGAAGCCAAAUACAAAAAUUGUAUCAUCUCCUUACUUCAUGAUAAUAAAUGUUCCUGAAUGUAUCACCAGAUGUGAUUUUUCAGAACCUGAUCUAUAAACUAUGUGUGAUUUACUGAUCUAUAUCCUGUAUCACCAUUGCACUGAGUAUUGUUGGUCCACACCAGUAAGGAACUGGCACCACUCUAAUCAAUACACUACUGAUACAUCAUUGACUGUCUACACAAUGUAAUUGUAACUAGCAUAUAGCUGUGUGGUUUUCACUUGUUAUCAGAUAGUGUUUUUCCCUAUCUUCCGUUUUGUGGAAAUUUACGCAAAUGUCAUUUUCCUUAUUUAUUGUAGAGCUUUAGGUAAUACAAACAUGAAUAAAUGAAUGAAUGAAUGAAUGUUUGUGGAAGAAAUUCGUGUUUGAUAACAAUAACAUCAUUACAGCCUACAUUUUAAAUGUUUAUCAUCAAUCAUGUAUUAAAUGGAAAGAGUAAGCAUUACCCAAAAUGUGAUACAUAUUGUAUGUACUGACAGAGAUUGGUGUCUGUUUAUCAUUAACUCAUGCCUGACAGUAGAAUUAUAUAGCACCAAUGCUGAAGUUUGUAGUCUCUUAAAGUUUAUUCCUGGCCUAUCAUUUUGCUUGUACUACCUAUUUAAAUCCUGAAUGGUAAUUUAAGGGAAUAAUUCAGACAAAUUUUUAUUGUAAAAUAGUCCCCCCUGAAGAAGAGAGUGUAAUUCAUUGUCAGUAUUAUGUAGUACCUUACAAUUUGGUUUCUAUAUAAUUGUAACUGGUUGUGAAACUAUCUUUCUUUUGUAAAUGAGGAUGAAUAAGUUCAGACACCUAAGUAAGCCGUUUAAUAGCAUAAACAGACACAAAAUCUAAUCAUGAUUGACUGACUUCUGAGUGUUCAUACCAGUAAUGAAUGUACAAUUGUAUGUAUGCAUGAUGGUAGAAUCGGUGUAUUUAUUUGUAAAAUGUAAAUAGUGGUCUCUGUGUGGAAUUGACAGGGGAAGUCUUUGUGUGUAAUUUGUUCCAACUAUGUAUAUGUACAGUGUGUAUUUAAUCUUAAUGGUUCUUGUUUUAACAACAUUAAAUCUCUGAUGGGUGUAUAUAUUUAAUAGAUUGGUAAAAUUUGUAUACAAACUAUGUAGCUCCUAUAUUUCCAAAAAAACUUCAUUCUCUUUUUAUGUAUGGCUUGUAAAACAUAUGCAAAAUAUAUGCUCCAUGUAUUUGUUCCUCACAUUAGAGAGUUAGGACUGCAGCCUAUGAACAAUCUUGCAUAAAAUUCAGAUCCAGUAAAUUUGCUUCAAGACUAGAACUUUGGUUCCAUUCAUAUCAAGGUUAUUUAUCAUCAAAAUUGGUUUGAUUAUAGUCUGAUGUGUGUACUGCCAGUUUUGUAUAUCAAGAUUGCUUCUUUAUCUCAUUAAUAAGAAUUUGAGCAUAGGGCUAGUGAUAUCAUUCAGUCUACAAUAGUACACAAGACAGCUGAUAAUGUAUAUUUCAAUGCCUUCCCAAGGCUUCGAACCCAGAACCUUUGGCUUACUAGCCUAAUACUCAACUGACUGAGUUUUAAGUAUUGCUCUAGUGUUUAUCAAGGUAACAUACUCCUCCAGAAAAUAAUUUCUUCUCAAAUUUACAGACGUUUCAGCGCUGCUUAUGAAAGUAACACCUAGUUUUAUUCCACAUUCUUACAUGGGUGUCAGUGUAACAGAGGCCGUUAUUUAUUUCAAUGCCUCCAUUAGCAUUCUUACCCAGAACCUCUGGCUUACAAGUCUGAUGCUUAACGAUCAAGCUACAGUACCACUCUCUCACACAGAGCAAUGUAUUACAGCUAGUACUUACCAGGCCUACAUACAUUUAUAGUACUGGUGUUUAUAGAUCAAGCUACAGUACCACUCUCUCACACGGAGCAGUGUAUUACAGCUAGUACUUACCAGGCCUACAUGCAUUUAUAGUACUGGUGUUUAUAGAUCAAGCUACAGUACCACUCUCUCACAUGGAGCAGUGUAUUACAGCUUACCAGGCCUACAUACAUUUAUAUACUGGUGUUUAUAGAUCAAGCUAUAGUACCACUCUCUCACACGGAGCAGUGUAUUACAGCUUACCAGGCCUACAUACAUUUAUAUACUGGUGUUUAUAGAUCAAGCUACAGUACCACUCUCUCACACGGAGCAGUGUAUUACAGCUAGUACUUACCAGGCCUACAUACAUUUAUAGUACUGGUGUUUAUAGAUCAAGCUACAGUACCACUCUCUCACACGGAGCAGUGUAUUACAGCUUACCAGGCCUAUAUACAUUUAUAGUACUGGUGUUUAUAGAUCAAGCUACAGUACCACUCUCUCACACGGAGCAGUGUAUUACAGCUAGUACUUACCAGGCCUAUACAUACAUUUAUAGUACUGGUGUUUAUAGAUCAAGCUACAGUACCACUCUCUCACACGGAGCAGUGUGUUACAGCUAGUACUUACCAGGUCUACAUAUUCCACUUCAUUGUUUACUAGUAGGGCUUUUCUUUUCAUUUUCUUGGAUUAUUGUUGUGUAUUUAUUGAUAAACCAUGUAUUAUUAACCUAGAGCAAGUGUAUAUAGCUGAUGGGAACACAUUGUGAAAUGUGUUAUAUCUUGUAAAUAAAUCCUUUGUCAUAAAA